AUGAGAGAAUCCCCUUCUGAUUUUUCUCCCGAACAACAACGUUCUUCCAAAAGGGCCGCCACCGUCCAGCAGCCAUCUUCCUCCGCCAGUUCCUCCGGCGGCCAACUCCUCCAAAAUGGGUUCACGAAAAUCCCACUUCCAUCAACUCGUCUGGGUCGGACCCUUUCUGCUCCAAUUCCCACCAAGAAUCUCUACGAUCAAUUCUCAGAUGGUGCUUUGACCAAUUCUUUGAUCGCCAAUUCCUCGCCGGAGGAGAAUUCUGGGCUUAAUUCUGUGCCCGUUCGGACGCAGCCGUCUCAGCAGCCUCAGAAACCUCUUUACCGUACAUACUCUGAACCCAUUCCGGCGGCUUCCCAAGCGGUUGCAACUUCCGCCACCCCAAGGCCUCCGGAAGCUGGAAAAGUUAUGUAUCCGGCUGGACGUGGAAUUCAAGAAAGCCCUGAUGCCAAGAGCUUCAGAAGAAUGAAGGAUAGAAUGAGAGAGAUGAGAAAAUGGUGGGAUGAAGUCAUUACGGAAGGAGAAGAAGAAGAUGCAUCUGGCUCUGAUAAUGAUGAUAAUCACAGCCCAUCAAAUGAUGAUUGUGAAGCCAGUCAAGGUACCACUGAAAAAGGGAGUGAAAAUGAAGAAGCUACUCAUGAUCAGGAAGCUGUUUGGGUGGAGAGGAAAGGGGAGGUUCUGAUUCUACAUUUCAAGUGUCCCUGCAGUAAAUCCUAUCAAAUCCUUCCAUCUGAGAAUAAUUGCUAUUUACAAGCUCUCCUCUUUCUGAUCUCAAAAAGUAAAGACUCUUGUUGUUGA